UUCCCUUAUCUAUCGAACGGCUAGCUAAAAAUUCAAGGGGUCCACCAUCUCGCCCGUUAUUUGUACCCCGGAUUUGCCCCCACGGCUCGCAUUCAGCCGGGCAGACUUUGAUCUCGCGAGUCUCGUGUUUUCGCUCGAGGAAGGCCGUACACCUGGGAACGCGCGGGAUGUAGAGGGGACGCCACGGUGUGGGAACCGGCCAACCAAUCGGAACGUCCGCUGUGUCACGUGACCGAGGUUCGAAGAUUACGCGCCAUAUUGAUCCCGUAGAUGGGAUUGAGAUUUACCUCCGAUCGCACCGAAAAGUAAGAACUGCGAAGUUCGAUGAUCGCGCGCCAUAUUGGUUCCGUAUAUGGGUUUAAGGUUUACCUCCGGUUGCACCUAAAAAUAAGAACUCGACGCAGGGUAAAUAUUUGACAUUGAUAGCGAAAAUCGGUACACCAAUCGUUACCUUUCGACCAACAUAGUACCACGUGACGUCGAUUUGAAUUUCGCGCGCGGGAACGUCUCUGUCUUCCUUGGAUGCGUUAGUACACGCGAAGAAUACCAGGGUAGGCCCUGCCACGACGAUGGGGGCCCACGAUGGGGGAGUGCCACUGCUCUAACAUCGCCAUCAUGCAGCUCUUCCACGAGUUGAAGCAACAAUUCCCUGCACUGCCCGACCACGUUGUGUCUCAGUGCAUAGCGCAGAACAGCCACGACCGAGAGAUAUGUGCACGGAGCUUGCGAGCGACCCAGGACUCGAGACCGUCCCCGGGGGCCUUCCCGCCCCCGCCUCCACCCCCGAGCCCGAGCGCGAACCACGGCAUGUCCUCAGUCCGGCCCCACCGACCGGCGUCCUUGGACAUAGGUGUAGCCCGAAGGUGCCCCGCGGCGGCGCCCCUGCCUACGGCCAACCCUCGAGUGCCCCUAACCUUGGCGCCCUCCUCGGCGCCUGCCUCCUGCCCUGCAAGGGGCUUCUUCGACGACCUCACCGGUCCCGACUCGACCUCGACGUGUGGCAACGCCGGCUUCGAGCUCAACGUCAACGUCGCCUGCAGUCCGGCCGGCAAUCGCGCAGAUUUCCGAACGGUCCCCGGCCCGGGGGCCUGUAAACGAAGCGACCUGAAGGUGGAGCCGCGUCCCCACUACGCUGACCCCCACCAGGCGGCCGCCAGUGGUUCUCCAAGCGGGGCCCAGGUGGACCAGGCCCGCAGCUACACCUCCGUCAGCCUGACCCUGAGGCCGCCGUCCUCGGAGCCGCAGCCGCCCAUCGACAUCCGGUCCCAGGGCUCCAGCCUGACCUACUCGACCUCCUCUCUAGAUCCCAGGGGCUUCCAAAGUCGCCUGCAAAUCAGUAUUGGCCCCGGGAACGUCGGCAGCGUGGCGGCCGCGAGGAUCAGGCCCCCCUUGGGCCCCGUCAGGCCCAACAGCCUCGUGCCGCUGCCCGCUCAGGCCGCUCCCCAAAAACCUCCAGGUCUACCAGCGGGUCCUCCUAGCCAGCUGCCGAGACCGACGACGACCAUGAGCGCCCCGACGACUCCUUCGGUCUCUUCGGCUGGAAUCCCACCUCCUAGCAGCCUCCCGACGACACCUUCGCAACCCUCUCAGCCGCCCAACCCGAAUUCGCCCACGUCGAACCAGGAAGCCCAGAUCAGCGCCGAGCUGGCUCAACUGCCGUUAAACCAAGUGGCAGAGCAUCAAAGGCAGCUGGUCGCGGAACAAUUGUUGAGGAAGGAGCGACUGGCGAAAGAGCUAAGAGCUGAAAAGGGGAGACUCGAAGCCAUGAAGAGGGAAGUGCAAUCCCUGGCGAGACCGAUCGACUCUUCGAUACCCCCUCAGGAACUGAAGAGGAAGCUGCGGAGCGAAAUCUACCAGCUUCAAGUUGAAUGCGACAGACUCGCCGACGAGGUCGAUCAGAGAUCAGACCCGAGAGUACCCCUUGGAGAGACUAAUGAGGAAUUCUACCAAGGCAUUUACACGGGCCAACCUUACGUUCCAAUGCCACCUCCACAACUCAGUCGACAACCAGUCUGGGAUCCUCCUCCGAUGGGAAAUGCUGUCGAUAGGGAGGACCGGGAUGGACCAUCCUGGGUCUGCAGACUCUGCACCUUCGAUAAUCACCCAUUGAUGAAUACGUGUGAACAGUGCAACCUGCCAAGGAUAUUGGAGCAUCAUACCACAGGUGAAACACAGGAUAUUCAUAUACGGGUCACGCAUCAUCACAACUUUUCACCUAGACGAACGGUGCACAGUUGGGUGGUAUGACGUGAACUGAAUUAGUACACUUCAAGGAACUUGUACAUAUACAUAUUAUUAUAAUUUAAUUAAAGAAAACGAAAAAGAAGAAAAAGAUGAAUUAACUGAAUAACCAAUUAAGGAGAUGUGUGACCAAUGGAACGAUGUAAUUAAUUUAAUUCUUUUUUAUCUACGUCAUUAGCAUAAAAUGAAACUUGAAAGGCGAUGGACGGGAACGACCCUUUGGAAUGUCCUCGCCCUGAACCUCAAUGAAGUCAACAUGACUUUAUACCGGCUCAGAUUCCAGUAAUUUUUGUAUUCACAGAUUAAUAUGAAUAAUAAAUUCAUCACGAACGUCGUUGCAGGUAAA